CAGUCCGCCUCCACGUAGCUCCUCUACUCUCAUCGCAGUUUCCAGAUGCAUGCAGAGGAACUCAGAGACACAAGUUGACCGUAGGAACACAGAUCACGGAUUACAGUUUUCUGAGUGGACGUGAAUUUUGAGUUUUCAGAUUUGUAUUUUAUAAAGGCAAUAAGGCAACCUUCUUUAGUUUUUAUUUUGUUUCAUGCCAAAGGAAUACAUUUUUUACAAUUAUUUUUGUUCCAAUAUUUUUAUUUUUAUUGAUCAUUUUCUCUAAAGUUGGACACAUGGACUGAUCAGGAGUGUGCAAGUGCUGAAAUAAUGACUGACUCCUCCUGGCUUGAUCUUUAUUCCGGGAUUUAACAGUUAAAUGCUUUCUAUGGUUCAGUUUCCAAGAGCUAUGGAAUUUCCCUUGAAAGUUCACGUUUUAACUGCGUUUAUUUCUUGUAUUAAGGUCUUUGCUCAGGUGGUUCAGGCUGGGAAGCAUCCAGGCCUGCAGGUGUUAGCCACAGCCUCACAUUACUGGCCUCUUGAUGCUGUGGACGGGAUCCAUGAACUGUGGGACCAGAUUGGAAACAGACCAGGUUAUGUUAACGGCAGUAACAUAACUCUCAGAAUCCACAACCACACUGUGCUCCCUUCCUCCCAUAACUCUUCUUAUGUGUAUACCAAUGACUCUGCCUACACUAACAUUUCUGCGACAGUAGAUAUUGUUGAAGGAAUGGUCAACAAGGGCAUCUUUCUGAAUGGAGAUAACGGUGGUACCUUUCUCCACUUUGGAAGCUACCAGAACUCUUGCAUUAGUGACCCCACUUUGUGUGGUCCUGAGGGGAUUACCUUCUCCUUUUUUUGGAAAAACCACGAGCAAGAGUCUCGUUUUGCUGUGGCCUCUGGAGGGAAAGUUAUCUCCAAUGGUUUCUCAGUCUACACCAAUCCCUUUGGAGGAUAUGUGGAGUUUUACACUCGAGGAAACCACCACAGAUGGAAGGCCAACAUCAGAGUUCCAGGGCCUUACUGGACCCAUAUUCUUUUUACCUGGACAAAAAACGCUGGUCUGAUGGUCUACAUCAAUGGGACUUUCACCACGAGUGACACAGAUGGAAGUGUGUCAGAGAACUAUGGUGACCCUUACCCUGACCUGGUCAUAGGAACAGGAAACGACAGAGCAUACGGUCACUAUGUCACAGGAGCUUUCGAUGAGUUUGUCAUCUGGGAAAGGGCUCUUUCACCUCAUGACAUCUUACUCUACUACAGUGCAGCCAUGGGUCAGGCCAUGGUAUCUGCCACAACACCCAGAGUCUCCAAAGAGGUCACUUCAACUACACCAGCAUCUAGAGCGACUGAAGUGAGCCCCCCUGUCGACAGCAGUCAGCAGGUGGAGGGUCAAAGCUCUCAGGAGUCACAGGCCAUGCCAGGGCUGUGCUUCCCGAAGGGGAUGCCAAAUAGGACCAUUCCUCACAACACUGCCAACAACCUCACACAGGCUUUUCUCAAAAGUGUGGAAGAAGUGCUCUCCUCUCCAGUGGUGCCAGAGCAGUCCAUCCCUGUGGUCAGCGGUCUGAUUGAAACUGUGGACAGAGUGAUGGAACAUAUGGUGACUAACCUGGAGCCCACCCCGAACUCUCUCAUCUCCCUUGGUGGAACAUCUUUUGUUGCAGAUUACUCUCUGAUGAAAUUCCCACAGAACUACAACCUUCCACAUUACCGCUUCCCUGAACUGGGAAAGAGCUACAUCUCCGUACCUGGAGAAGCUUUCACCAUGCAGUCUCAAACCACCAUCGUUGGCCUUUUCUACCACAACAUGCACAGCUACUACAAAGAGAUCAGCCCUGCUAGGACCAGGAUAAAUGAAGCAGCUGAUUUCAAGGAUCACAAAAUCCAAGUAGCAAGUUUUCUAAUCUCUCUGAAAGUGGAGCCUUCACCGGCCCUGUCAGUCAACCUCUCUGGAGCUCCACUCAUCAAGAUUGUCCUCACCCACGUCCUGAAUAAAGAACAGCAGGAACAAGUACUAAACCAGAGUAAUAAAGUCUUCCUCUACUGUGCCUUCUUGGACUACAGUUCAAAUGAGGGCGUGUGGUCCAACCAAGGUUGUGUACGUUCAGAUGGAAACGUGUCGUACUCUGUGUGUUUGUGCAACCACCUCACCAACUUUGCCAUUCUCAUGCAAGUGGUGCCCUUAAAGCUCACUACUGGCCACAGGGUGGCACUGUCAACCAUUGGUUAUGUUGGCUGCUCUAUAUCCAUUGUCUGUCUUGCCAUUACUCUGGUCACUUUUGCAGUUUUGUCGUCAGUGAGUACAAUCCGCAACCAACGCUACCACAUCCACGCCAACCUGUCCUUCGCCAUCCUGGUGGCUGAGAUCUUACUGCUCAUCAGCGCCCGCUUCGACCCUGGCACGCUGCCGUGUAAGAUAAUGGCCGGCCUGCUUCACUUCUUCUUUCUGAGUGCCUUCGCCUGGAUGCUGGUGGAGGGCCUCCACCUCUACAGUAUGGUGGUCAAGGUGUUCGGCUCUGAAGGCAGCAAACACUUCUACUACUACGGCAUAGGCUGGGGCUCUCCAUUGGUAAUAUGUGCGGUGUCCAUGACAUCAGCUCUGGAUAGCUACGGCGAGGUUGACAACUGCUGGCUGUCGCUGAAGAACGGAGCCAUCUGGGCCUUUGUGGCACCGGCUCUGUUUGUCAUCGUGGUGAAUAUUGGCAUUCUGGUAUCUGUGACCAGGAUUAUAUCUCGAAUCAGUGGAGAGAGUUACAAAGUUCACGGAGACGCUAAUGCAGUCAAGCUGACUAUAAAGGCAGUGGCAGUGCUCCUGCCUAUACUCGGUAUAUCCUGGAUCUUUGGCGUUCUCGCUGUCAACAAACACUCUUUACCAUUCCUGUACAUUUUUGCUGUAUUCAACUCAUUACAAGGGUUCUUUGUCUUCUUGUUUCACUGUCUGCUCAACUCUGAGGUCAGAGCUGCUUUCAAACACAAGACCAAGGUGUGGUCUCUUACCAGCAGCUCCAUCCGAAACAUCAAUGUGAAACCGUUCAACUCUGACAUUAUGAAUGGAAACAAGGAGGGUGUGACUCCAACCAAGAUGAACACAUGGGACAAAAGCACCAACUCAGCCAAUAGAAUCGACCUCUCUGCCGUGUAGAAAAACAGAAUCUCACUCGCUUUCUGUCCGUGGCAGGAGAGAAAUCUUUUAGUGUAGACUGACAAACACUGGCCAGAAUAUUCUCCCACUAUGUUAUGUAAAGAUUUGGACACUCAUCCGCUCGAGUGAACAUGAUACCAAAGGAGGUGUGUGGCUAAAUAAUCACUUCACCUUUUAAGACAAACAGACUCUGAGGACUGUGCCUUGUAUUGUCUUGUAAAAACACACACUGUUCCCAAAAUCAAGAUUAGGGAUUUCUUUGGAUGUCACCAGACUUACUUAGAGAUCCUUGAGGAUAGCAUACACCAUCCACCUUUUACAUUUUAGUUGAUUUACUAACUGGCAAGAAUAUAUUAAACAGAACAGUUUAAGAUUUGGGGGAAGAGGAGUAAUUUGCUUUCUUGCAAAGAGUUAGAUAAAAAACAAUUGCAGCCAUUGCUAAGUGUGUUUCAAACAUUAGGUUACUGUGGCUGCCAUGACUUGGUUAUAGCUCAGCUUAGCACAAAGAUUUGAAUUAGAGGCAACAGCUAGCCUGCUAUUGUUUCAUGGUCAUUUGCUUGUUUUUGAAUAACUAGCCAUGUUAAUUUAAGGCUGAUAAUUUUUCAAAGCUAGCCAAGCUAUCUCCUGCUAAUAACUUGCUAAGCUAUAUCUUCUGGCAAAACAAACCCAAAACAGUUAUUUAAACUAGGUAUUUCCUUGUUUCCAGGACUUGUGCCAAGCGUAGCUGACCUGUUGCUUCAUACUCAGCGUGCACAAAUUAUUUGUGAAGCAAUUUUUUUCAUCUAACACUUGGCAAGCUAACAAGUUUUCUUGCACAAAAAUGUCAAAGAGUAACCUCUGAUCAAAGCAUCAUGUUAGAGAUGCAAUUUGUCUCACAAAAUAGUUGUGUAAUUACAUCUGCUUGUAGAUGACAAAUUAAACUUGAGGUGGUAAGCAGUCUUUUCAGAGCACGGCUGGGUAAAAAUGCAUUACUAGAAUAGAAAAGACCAAGGGGAGUUUUUCCUUGAAUAUAGUGUUAGAUGUAUGCCUUACAAACAAUUCACCAGCUCUUUACAGUAUUAUCAUCACAGAGGAAAAAAAUACUUUUUUACCUGAAUGAACUUUUUCAACAUUCACAUGAUUCCUACAGCUUUUAUCCAACUUUAAGGACAGCACACCACAACUUCACCAUAACAAUAAUUAGUAAAGUAGCAGUGCAUUUCACCUUAUGUAAUUCUGAUAUAAUGUAUUUAUUUAUUUUGUGAUUUUUGAGAUCUGUAUCAUGUCUUCUGCAGAGUGUCACAGCUUAACAAUCAGUAUGUUCUCAUUUUAAAUUCUGUGACUGUGUUUUCUGGUAUAUUUGCAGUACCUCACUUCUUUGUAAGCUGCAGUAUGCUGUGUUGCUUUUUGAGGAUACGUGAAUAUUCAUUGUGUUCCAGACACAAUUCUGUGAAGUUUUAUUCUGUUGCUUGUUUCUUUUACAUUUCAUACAUUUUUGUACAAUGAAAUAUCAACAAUAGAAGGAUGUGAUGAGGGUGAUUUUUUUUCUAAACAUACUGUGAGAUUGGAGGGAAAUGACAUAUUUUAAAAUGCUAUUGAUCUUACACUGUACCAACAUUCGGUUCCUUAAAACAGGAUUUAAAUUUACUGUAUGUCACUCUGUGCUCACUUUUCAUGUCAGUUUUAAUUUUGUAUACAUUUUUCUAUGCUCCUUUACUGAUUGUUGUCUUAUGGUACUGUGUUUUUGCUUCAAGUUAUCUUUAUUAUAAAACGUUUAUGACAAGAAA